AGAGUGGAAGGUUGUGUAUCCAUAACAGGCUCCUAUUUAACCGCGUAAAAAGUACAUUCUGCUAGCCAAGUACAUACACACUGGGACUAACAAUCAGUCUGCUACCUACACUGUCUGCUCGCAGCUUUUGUCAUUCUGGUUUAGGAGUCCGACAGACAAUCUUGUUAGAGUGCAACCCCUCCUGAUCCGAGCUUCAAAAAUCCGGAUUUGCUUCAUCACCGGAACUACCAGUUUCUCCCCAUCUGCUACCGUGUGGAACUCUUGGUGUAUCACUUUGGCAGGAACCAUAAUCCUCCUCCCGUGGAAUAAACCCGUCCCAGCGUCUCACUCAAGACCGGAGGUAUAGCGGGCUCAGAUGACAUCCAACUCCGGCAACUAAAACCCAGCUAAAACGAAAACCUAAAUAGUAACUUUUUGUGUACCUUAUAGAGGGAGAACAGACUUAUCAAAACCAAAUGGAAGGUAAAAAGGAUACCACAUUGACGAAAAUCUUCGUUGGUGGACUGCCAUAUAACACGACCAAUGAAAGGCUACGUGAAGUCUUUGAGCCGUUCGGUGAGAUCGAGGAGGCAGUUGUAAUAACUGAUAGGAAUUCUGGAAAGAGCAAAGGAUACGGAUUCGUUACAAUGGCAACCAAGGAUGCAGCUAGGUUAGCAUGUGCAGAUGCAAAUCCCAUCAUCGACGGACGAAAGGCUAAUGUCAACCUAGCGAUCAUUGGCGCCAAGCCCAGGAACAACGCCACUCACAGCGCAGCAGAACAGAUCCAGUUCGCCAUAGCCAGGCAGCAACAAGCUAGUCAGAUUGCGCACCACGGCGGACAUGCUGGACAUGCUGUACCAACCCUAGCCUCCACCCCGUAUGGGGAUUUCCGCUACCCGUUCUAUCUUAACUUGUGCAUGGGUGAUUUCUAUGUGAACCAGAAACACGGGGGUUGCAUAUAUAUACUCUUCCAGUUCCACCACACAUUUGUUCUGACUGAGUUACUAUCCUCAAUGAGAGAUGAGAGAGUUGGUUUAAGUAAUACCCCGAUCGGACCCUGUGUUGGCGAUCCAGCACGGCCAAGGAUGCCCAUCUUGGGUAAAGAGGGUUCCAAACAGGAUAGUAUGGUGCGGUAUAUAUCCCAAACGGGCUGGUGUGAUCAUGGUUUGAUUGACACUACCCCUCUGGCUAGCAUAGCAUCACCGAACAGCAAACCCCCUCUCCCACCCCAACUGACACCCCACCACCCCAUGCAGAAUGAUUGA